GCGCCCAUGCCGCUGUCACGCACCUCGUAGUUUCGACGCUCUCUCUCACAGUCCGAUAGGCAAUAACCACAGAAGAAAGCAGCAGAAGAACGUACGAGGAAGGGGAGAGAGAUGUCGUGGCAAACGUACGUCGACGACCACCUGAUGUGCGACGUUGAGGGCAACCACCUCACCGCCGCCGCAAUCCUCGGCGAAGACGGCAGCGUCUGGGCUCAGAGCGCCCACUUCCCUCAGUUCAAUCCGGACGAGAUCGCUGGGAUCAUAAGCGAUUUUGAUGAACCCGGAACACUUGCUCCAACCGGAUUGUUCCUCGGAGGCGUUAAGUACAUGGUGAUCCAGGGGGAGCCAGGUGCCGUCAUUCGAGGAAAGAAGGGACCUGGUGGUGUGACCAUAAAGAAGACCAAUCAGGCCAUGGUCAUCGGUAUCUACGACGAACCAAUGGCUCCUGGCCAGUGCAAUAUGGUUGUCGAGAGGCUCGGUGACUACCUGAUCGAAUCUGGUCUCUAAAACCGAGCAACUCCUAUAUAAAUAUAAUCCUGUCUUCUGGAUCUUUUUCUUGGUCCCUGAUGCAAAUUUGCAAGCCAUUGUUACUGUUGUAAUCUUCCAUUUAUGGCCAUGAGGAAACUAUAUUAUGCGAUGGCCGGCGUCCUUGUAUGGAUCAUUAUUCCAUAAACAAUGUGUUUUGGAAAGAUUCUAUGAAGAUUGGGCUUUGGAACUUUA